AUGAGUGAAACAGAAUUAAGGAAAAGACAAGCCGAGUUCACCAAGGAAUUACACGGUAAUGAAAUUGGUAGAAAAACAGGUUUAAGUGCCCUGAUGUCAAAGAACAACACUGCACAAAAGGAAGCUGUUCAGAAGUAUUUGAAGCAUUGGGAUGGUAAGACUGACAAAGACGCCGAAGAACGUCGUCUUGAAGACUAUAACGAAGCUACGCAUUCCUAUUACAACGUCGUUACAGACUUCUACGAAUACGGUUGGGGUUCUUCUUUCCAUUUCAGUAGAUUCUACAAGGGCGAGAGUUUUGCUGCCUCGAUAGCAAGACAUGAGCAUUAUUUGGCCUACAAAGCUGGUAUCAAAAAGGACGAUUUGGUUCUUGAUGUCGGUUGCGGUGUCGGUGGUCCAGCAAGAGAAAUCGCAAGAUUCACUGGCUGUAACGUCAUCGGUCUAAAUAACAACGAUUAUCAAAUUGCCAAAGCCAAAUACUACGCUGAAAAAUACAAUUUGAGCGACCAAAUGGAUUUUGUUAAGGGUGAUUUCAUGCACAUGGACUUCGAAGAAAACACCUUCGACAGAGUUUACGCCAUUGAAGCCACUUGUCAUGCUCCAAAAUUAGAAGGUGUAUACAGUGAAAUUUACAAGGUCUUGAAACCAGGUGGUACUUUUGCCGUUUACGAAUGGGUGAUGACUGACAAUUAUGACGAGAAUAAUGCUGAACAUAGAAAAAUCGCUUACGAAAUUGAAUUGGGUGACGGUAUCCCCAAGAUGUUCCAUGUCGAUGUAGCCAAGCAAGCUUUAAAGAACUGUGGGUUUGAAGUCCUUGUUAGUGAGGAUUUGGCUGAUAAUGAAGACGAAAUCCCUUGGUAUUACCCAUUGACAGGUGAAUGGAAAUAUGUUCAAAAUCUAGCUAACUUGGCCACAUUCUUCAGAACUUCUUACUUAGGUAGACAAUUUACUACAACAAUGGUUUCCUUGAUGGAAAGAUUUGGUUUAGCCCCAGAAGGUUCCAAGGAAGUUACUGCCGCUUUAGAGAACGCUGCAGUUGGUUUAGUCGCCGGUGGUAGAUCCAAGUUAUUCACUCCAAUGAUGUUAUUCGUCGCUAAGAAACCAGCUGAGGUUGAAGCCUCCACCAAGACUUCUAAGAAAGCAACUCAAUAG